AUGUCCAACUCUCCCGGCGAAUGGUACGCUUCUUUACCUCCCAUCUGUAAAGCCUGGGGUACGGCCUGCGUGUUGAUCACGUUCGGAACUCAGUUUGGUUUACCGUUACCGGUCAAUCUGUAUUUAGAUUACAAACUGAUUUGGGAAAAGUUUCAAAUUUGGAGACUGAUUGGGAACUUCUGUUUUAUCGGCGGGUUUGGCUUCCCGUUCGUCUUUCGAACGUUAAUGAUUGCCAGAUAUGGAGUCCACUUGGAACAGAAGACGUUCGAGAACAGAACUUCGGAUUUUGUGUGGAUGCUAAUGAUAAACAUGAUGAUUUUAUUGCCUUUGAAAUUCAUCGUGCCUUCGGUGUCGCAACCAUUUUACUCUUCGUCGCUGAUAUUCGCCAUGUUGUACUUGUGGUCCAGAGAAAAUCCGACGCAAAACACGUCCAUCAUGGGUAUGAUUCGCAUGCCUGCGUUUUAUUUACCGUGGGGGAUGAUGGCGUUGACCGUGUUGAUGGGAGGCGACCCUGUGCCGGAUUUUCUCGGCGUGCUCUCCGGGCACGUGUAUUACUUUUUCUCCGUGUUGUAUCCUCGCCAAAGCGGCGUGCACUUUCUCAAGACGCCGCAGUGGGUCGAAGCAGCGGUGGGAAGUGUUUUUGGGAACCCAGUCAUUCGCGCGGCGAGUAACAUAGCACAACCGAACGAGGCGCGACGGUUCGUCGGGAGAGGUCGAAGAUUAGCAGAUUAG